AAAGUUCACAAGUUUACAUCUUCACUGUCAUUGCCAAUUAUCAACCACCAAACUCACCUUCCGAGCUUCUUACUGGUUCUACGCCCUUCCGUAUUUCUUAACUAUUUUAUGUAUCCCAAUUGAACAGCUUUAAAACUUCAGACGAGCACUCGAUAUCUUUGAAUAUAUUGUAAGUUCUUUCCUGGCUUGUCGCAUCUCCAGCAGAACUGUCAAAGCAGACAAAGAGAAAAUUACCAAAGAGAACAAUUACUGAAGCAAUCAUGACUUUCACAGAUAGUAGAGCAGAUUUAGCAAGCAUGUCUAACGCGCCUGAGAGGUACAUGAUUUACCCCAGAGCUUCUCCAUAUACAUGUGCCCCGCACCAUAUUGAAAGAUGGAAACUAAAUCUCGCUCAACAGAUUCGAGUUAUUUAUCCUUGGAGAGGGCGAGAAGAAGUGUACUGAGGAGGCCGAUACCCGUACGUUGUAGAUAAAUUGCGCAUACGGAUUUACAUGCAGAGUUAUUAUACUGAUAACUUGUUAUGCAGGUACCCCCAAUUCUUCGAUCUUUACCUUCAACAAGGAAGACCACACCCUCGCCAAUAUUCUACGUGCUCAUUUAUUGAAAGAUCCGCAUGUUAUAUUCUCCGGUUACAAAAGUGCGCUCUUUCCUAGCACACAGCUCCAUAACAACGAUUACCAAGACCUUUUCUAGAUUAUAUACUAACGGGAGGCGCAUAGUUCCUCAUCCCCUCUUCUCCAAGUUCGAACUCCGCAUUCAAACCGAUGGUGAAAUCACUCCCAAGGAAGCUCUUGUCGCCUGUUGCCGUAACUUGGUAUCGGAACUUGAGGUGUUCAGCCGUGAAUUUACAAAGGAGUUUGAGCUACGCAAGAUGGUCAGUGGAGAUGUAGCUGCCGACAAAUGAGGCAGUGUAUAUAAAUAUUUGCGGUUAAGGUUUGGGGCGUUUAGAAAGGCAGGGGAUAUAUGGCGCAAAAAUGGUAUGGGGGUGUUAAGAUUCCAUCAUGAGUCUGGGUUGAUUACAUGAGCCAUCAUGAGGUGGAUCUUUAAUUCAUGAAGGAACGGCGUCCGCAAUUAGCAUUGAGAUAUUUCAGUAUUUCUGCAAUUGCAAGAGAUAUGUUCCCCUUACACCGGAUGUCUAUGAUUUAUCUAUGAAUUGAAUUGAUUGUGCACUUUUGGCACAAAAAGGAAGCGGGUUGGUAGGUCGGGGAGUAACAGCAUAUAAGGCAGGAACACGGAACGUCGAAUCUGGGGAGCGAAAGCCUAUGUCACUUACAAGCUGUUUAGUUAAGCUUUAAUCCGACAUGCUCUGCGCCAUCUCCACACUCUUUUGUGAUUACAUCAAGGAAGAUCAGCAGCGCGCUGGGUAAAAAGACGCGCAAAUGUCUGCGACUUUCCCAUAUGAUUGCUGGCCAUGAUUAGUCGUCUUCGAGUUCCCUUCUUGCCUAUUUUUCCGGAAUAUGAGCCUUCACAAACCAUCAUAGAUCUAAGAGCAAUCAACUAUGAGCGACCCAUAUUGUGCUUGAAGUCCGUACCAAUUGUUAUUCAUAGCUGAGAGUAGAGAUCUGGUUUCGGGGCUAAACAAUGGGUAUGGGCAUGGCACACAAAGGUAUGGGACAACGCUAAGGCAGGUGCAGUGAGGAAGUCCAAGUAUGAAUUGGUUACCAGAAAAUUAUCAAGCACGCCGAAACAUGGCCAGCACUUCAAGAAUGGUGAUCAACUCAUGUACUACUAGGCAAUUAUGAAUAAAACCGGAUCAUCAGUUGAGGAAUGUAUUUACAUUAUGGGAAUGAACCAAAUGCAUGUAAUUAUUACUUCUGAAACAUUUUGGCGUGCUUGAAUGGCAACCCAGCGCAUGUCUUAGAUUCAAAAUCCUUUGAAAUGUGAAAAGAUUUGCAUUCCAUCUUAACAAAAAGUCAUGGCAAUGUCUUUAUGAAUUGUCUCCUCUCUUUCGACAUUCAGAUCCCCUCGCCCUCAAUUAAGAAGACACACGGAAAACGAACUUCCUAUUAAGGAUAUGCUUCCUCUACAGAGCCUCACACUCAGUUAAGAGUGCUGGCAACACACCACUGUUUCGAAGUCGAGGUGGAGGUCGUGGCUGGCUCUGAUAC